AUGGAGUACCACGCUGUCCCACCAGAGGAGCGCGCCAGAGAUGAGCAUGGCAACCUUCUCCCUUGGGGAUAUGUUUACAAAGACGAAUCUCGCAAUCCCCGACGACCACCAGAGGAAUCAGGUCCCUUUGGCAAGAGGAGGAACGCCCGAUAUGAGCACGCUCGAUCCCGCACACGAACCGGCACACCAGCCAAGCGUGAGAACCCCAAUGUCGCCGAGUUCGGCCGACUAUUCGCCCAGCAAGUAGACGAGGAGAAAUCACACGGCCUCCCCAAAUCAAACUCAUCAUCGAGCCUCGACAACCCGCGCAAGCAGACCGAGAAGGUUGCGACCGAGUGUUUCCUCUACGGCUACAAGGCGAAGGAUACCGAGUGGAAGGCCAUCGACAAGUACGAGCGCAUCUCACAAGGUGUCAUCUGCGAAGAUUACCCACGAAGCGACCCGAAUUCCUCAUCCCAAUAUGCCCAGCUGUUGAGUGGCGGCGACAUUGUCAUCCGCGCGAACUUGUCCGAUGAUGCAAACCGCAAAUCUAAGCGCUACGAUGGUGGAUACCACUGGAUUAAAGUCACCUUCGACUCUACCCAAGCUGCCGACCGCGCGUGCUUCUACUCCCCACAGGAAAUCGAUGGCCACCUUAUCUUCUGUGAACUCUACCACGGCCAUGGCCCAACCCAAGAUGCCGCCAUUCCUGCAGACUCGCCGACUGCAAACAAGCUGCGCAAUCGUGCGCCACGCACCUUGACCUCCACACAAUCCUCCUCUUUCCUUUCCAGUAGCAGCAAGGACCAAGACAGGUUUACGCUACCUCGCUCUUUCGCAAUGAACAACCUCUCCAGCGUUCCUGACGCCAGUGAAGGUGAUGAAGGCCACUCGAUCGAUUCCACAACGACGACCUUCACCUCUACCACCACUGCCACCGGGUCAACCCUCACUGCUACCGGCACCUCAACUGGUCUCGAUCGCUCCUCUUCUCUUCACCAGCGGAAUGUUCCCACAGAGCCUAAGCCUGAGUCCGAGUUCAUGACACAUAUCCCCACUGUCCGACGCACUAAGCUGCGCCCCCUCGCCGAAGCCCUUCCUCCGCAGCCGACCGUUACUGAACGUGUUUUACGAUCAAUCCCAAUUUUGAGCUGGUUCACUGGUGAUAUUGUGGGUGAUGGACCCCAAUUACGGGAAGACGGGUCCUUUGAUUAUGACAAGUCCAAUGCCUAUUGGCGAUUCUGGUAUAUGCUGGAUAGCAUACUGGGAACUGAUGUUUGUGGAUUGAAAGAGGAGUCUUGA